UGUAGGAGGCGUUUCUACAGCUAGCUAAGAUCUCUGUCAGUAAAGUUGAUUUCUUAGCCGCUAUAUAUUUUAUUGUUAUUGCCCUGCGGGUUAGUUGUUGUACAUUAACGGCGAAUAAUUAAAAAAAAAAAUCGGCGAUAAAGCAAAGUAGCACAAGACCGAGCAGUUUCGUGUAGCUGAAGUUAGAUUAAAUCAUACAUUACUAGAGUAUACAGUACUGCCUGGUGCGUCAUAAGGAGGUCAAAGGACGUUUCAGCAGAAAGACUAACAGUUACAUUUUCAAAUGGAGAAAAUGUCCUAACUGCUCGUCUCCGUGUUUGGAAACUCGCUUGUUGUAAAACGGUAAUAACAGGAGUUAUGCAGUGAAGGUCUGCGGGUGGUUUAGUUUGCUGAGAUAUGGCUUCUGUGCUGAGCUCCUCGCUGCUGUCACCUGCCAGACUUUGCUGUUUGUAUCGCAGUUUGUGCUCAAGAGCAAGCAGGACGCUCUCUGCACACGUGUUUAUAGGUUUUGGUCAAAGGAGUUUGUGUCCAGCUGAAGGUGCUGUAGCUCUGUCCAGAAAAUCAAACUCUCCUUGGUGGGAUGGAACUCGAGGACUUUUCUCCCGUGGUGGUGGUGGUGCAGCGGCCGAGCAGCAGACCCUGGAGGACAUCGCCAAAAACAUUAGAGAACAGCAGCACAAGAGGGUGGUGGUGAUGGCCGGAGCUGGCAUCAGCACGCCUAGUGGCAUCCCAGAUUUCAGGUCUCCAGGCAGCGGUCUGUAUGACAACCUGCAGCAGUAUGACCUGCCCUACGCCGAGGCCAUAUUCGAGAUCGGCUUUUUCCAUCGAAACCCCAAUCCCUUCUUUACCCUGGCCAAGGAGCUGUAUCCAGGAAACUACCAGCCCAAUCUGACCCACUACUUUGUGCGUCUGCUUCACAAGAAGGGUCAGCUUCUCAGGAUGUACACACAGAACAUCGACGGGCUGGAAAGAUUGGCAGGGAUUCCUCCUGAGAUGCUGGUCGAGGCCCAUGGCACGUUUGCCACCGCCACCUGUACUUCCUGCCUGAGGAAGUACGAGGGCGAGGACCUACGACCAGAUGUGAUGAGUGGGACGGUCCCUCAGUGUCCCACCUGUAAAGGUGUGGUAAAGCCUGACAUUGUGUUUUUCGGGGAGGAGCUUCCACAGCAUUUUUUCAAGUACCUCACAGACUUCCCUCUGGCAGAUCUCCUGAUCAUCAUGGGCACUUCACUGGAGGUGGAGCCCUUUGCCAGCCUGGCAGGAGCCGUGCGCAGCUCAGUUCCCCGUCUGCUCAUCAACAGGGACUUGGUAGGGCCAUUCGCCUGGAGCCGGCGGCCUCAGGACGUCGUGCAGCUGGGUGACGUGGUCGGUGGUGUGCAGGCCCUGGUCGAUGCUCUCGGCUGGACUGAGGAGUUGGACGCUCUGAUGGCUGCUGAGAAGGCUACAGCAAAGAGAGAAGAGUGACACCACUGCACUACAUCAAGCUGGAGAUCUGGAGAUCUUUGUUCUUGCACUCAGCAGCUAAAACACCCAAACUUCAGGACAAAAUCCACAUGACUUUUUUUUUUUUUUGCACAUAGUUGUUUUACUGAGGAUCAUGUACUGAACAGAAGCACUGGGGUCACUGGGUAUAUCUGUGGAAAUACAGUGUAAAAUAAAUAUUUCUCAGUCCAUUAUCAGUGAUGUGCAGGUAAGUGAUUCACAGCAAUGAUGUGCUGGAAAAAACAGGUGAACAUGAAAAGAAGCGGAAUAUCUUGUGCAGCUCACUCACAAGAUUUGACCUGAUAAUGAAGAUGUGCAUUAUUAUUAUUUAUUUGGUGAAGAGAAGGACGGUGUGUGUGUGGGACUGAGUCAAAAUAAAGUACAGUGUGUGUGUGUGUGGAUCA